AUGUCGGAACGUAGGGUACUGGUUCUUGACAACGGGGCGUACACCAUUAAAGCCGGAUAUGCCUCGAUUACACAACAACCAAGGUAUCAGUUGACCCAAUUGAUGGAGCUAUUUGAGCCGGUUACCCUCGGCAAAGGAGACAAAAAAACUUACAUAGGAGAUCAAAUAAAUUCUUGCACCGAUUUUUCCGGAUUAUAUUACCGAUUACCUUUUGAAAGAGUUCA